AGCAGCGAGCGGCCGCAGCACCAGCAGUAGCAGCCCCCCCUCCCCCGGAGCCAGGCUCUCUGUGUCGGAUACUAACCCUUGAAUCUACCCGGGACAUGAGCCCCGCGUUUUAACCCGCGUUGGAGAAACAGAAACAACCCUCGGCGAGAAAAUGACGGUGGAUUUUGAAGACUGCAUCAAAGACUCUCCCCGGUUUAGGGCAAACAUUGACGAGGUGGAGACGGAGGUUGUGGAGAUCGAGGCCAAGCUAGAUAAGCUGGUGAAGCUAUGCAGUGGGAUGAUCGAGGCGGGGAAGGCGUACGUCAGCGCCAACAAGCUCUUCGUCAACGGCGUGCGGGAUCUGUCUCAGCAGUGCAAGAAGGACGAGAUGAUCUCCGAGUUCCUGGAAAAGUGCGGGGAGAGCCUCCAGGAGAUCAUCAACUACCACAUGAUUCUGUUCGAUCAGGCUCAGAGGUCCGUGAAGCAGCAGCUGCACAACUUUGUGAAAGAGGACGUCCGGAAGUUCAAGGACACCAAGAAGCACUUUGACCGGGUGCGCGAGGACAUGGAGAUAGCGCAGGUGAAGAACGCUCAGGCGCCGAGGAACAAGCCUCACGAGGUGGAGGAGGCCACGAGCACGCUCAGCAUCACCCGCAGGUGCUUCCGACAUCUGGCUCUGGACUACGUGCUACAGAUUAACGUCCUCCAGGCGAAGAAGAAGUUUGAGAUCCUCGACGCGAUGCUGUCCUUCAUGCACGCCCAGUACUCGCUGUUCCACCAGGGCUACAACCUGCUGGACGAGAUCGACCCCUACAUGAAGAAACUGGCGGCCGAGUUGGAUCAGCUGGUGAUUGACUCAGCCAUGGAGAAGAGGGAAAUGGAGCAUAAACACGCCACCAUCCAGCAGAGGACCCUCAUGCAGGACUUCUCGUAUGACGACUCGAAGGUGGAGUUCAACGUGGAUGCUCCUAAUGGUGUGGUGAUGGAGGGCUACCUGUUCAAGAGGGCCAGCAACGCCUUCAAGACCUGGAACAGGCGGUGGUUCUCCAUACAGAACAGUCAGCUGGUCUAUCAGAAGAAGCUCAAGGACUCUCUGACGGUGGUGGUGGAGGAUCUGCGGCUGUGCUCCGUUAAACCCUUUGAGGACAUCGAGAGGAGGUUCUGCUUCGAGGUCGUGUCCCCUACGAAGAGUUGCAUGCUGCAGGCGGAAUCUGAAAAGUUAAGACAAGCGUGGAUUCAGGCAGUUCAAGCCAGCAUCGCUUCAGCCUACAGAGAGAGUCCAGACUCUUACUAUAUCGAGCACCUGGACAGAACCGCCUCGCCGUCCACCAGCAGCAUCGACUCAGCCAGCGAGCCACGGGACCGCAGCGCCCGGGGCGACACCAUCCUGCAGCGGAUCCAGUGUCUGCCGGGGAACGAGCGGUGCUGCGACUGCGGCCAGGCCGACCCCCGCUGGGCCUCCAUCAACCUGGGCAUCCUGCUGUGCAUCGAGUGCUCCGGCAUCCACAGGAGUCUCGGGGUUCACUGUUCGAAGGUCCGCUCCCUCACACUGGACACGUGGGAACCAGAACUAUUAAAGUUGAUGUGUGAGCUUGGGAACAGCGUCAUCAACCACAUCUAUGAAGGCUCAUACCAGGAACAAGGUCUGAAGAAACCAUCGCCCUCCAGUUCAAGGCAGGAGAAAGAAACUUGGAUCAAAGCAAAGUAUGUGGAGAAAAAGUUCCUGAAGAAAAUGGGCUGCACGGAGAUUCUCAUCAACGGCGAGCGGAAGCCCGAGCGGCGGUGGAGCGUGAAGAAGUGCCGGCGACACAACAGCGCCUCCACCGUCCCCAAAACCCGGCGGAGAUACCGACAGGAGCCCGGAAGCACCUCCCCUUCGACCCUCUCCGCGGCUGCUGCGAAGUUCAGACGAGACUCCCUGUUCUGUCCCGACGAGCUGGACACGCUCUUCUCCUACUUUGACACGGGAUCCGGGCCUCGAAGCCUGAGCAGUGACAGCGGGUUGGGAGGCAGCACAGACGGCAGCACUGACAUCCUGGUGUUCGGCUCCGUGGUGGACAGCGUCACAGAGGAGGAGUGCGAGGUGUCCGAGGACUCGAGCGGCGAGCCGGAGCUGGAGGCCGAGCCGGAGACGUCCGACCCGGAGGACAUACGGGACCUUCACCCCGGAGCGCUGCUGUACAAAGCCUCGAAGGCCCGCAACCUGCCCGUCAUGGCCGAGGCGCUGGCUCACGGGGCCGACGUCAACUCGGUCAACGACGAGGAUGAAGGGAAGACGCCCCUCAUACAGGCAGUGAUCGGGGGCUCGUUGAUCGCCUGUGAGUUCCUGCUCCAGAACGCCGCCGACGUCAACCAGAGAGACGCCAGGGGGCGCUGUCCUCUGCAUCACGCCACGUAUCUCGGACACACGGGGCAGGUGUGUUUAUUCCUCAAAAGAGGGGCCACCCAGAACGACGGGGACGAGGACGGCCAGGACCCUCUGAGCAUCGCAGUGCAGCAGGCCAACGCAGACAUAGUCACACUGCUGCGACUGGCCAGGAUGAACGAGGAGAUGCGGGAGUCGGAGGGGCCCUUCGGACAGCCAGGAGACGCCACGUACCUCGACAUCUUCCGGGAGUUCUCCCACAUGGCCUCCCACAACCCGGAGAAGCUGAAACGAAGGAGUGUGCACUUCCGACACUCCUUCAGGUAGUCGGCCGAGGAUCCAGAGCAACGUGACAUACUUGAAACGUGCAGCAGCCACUUUCCAGAUAUCACUGUCCACCACCACCACUUGAGGAAAGAUCACAUGAAUAAUACUGUUCUGUCAUUUUUACAGUGCAGUGAAGUGAAAGACAGUUCCGUGAUGCUGGGGUUCUUUAUUAUUCUGUGUUUAGAUGAGCUCAAUCAAAUCUGUGCUGUUCUCAGAUCAGUCUUUUAUUUUGAUAGGAUUUUUUGCAUUAUGAGGAUUUGCUGGUAAUCUCCUCUUAUCAGUAUAUAUAAAUAAAGCGUUGCUUUUCUCUUUUUACAAUGUUAGAUUUACCUUUGGAUAAAAUGCCAAGCACUUGUUUUUAUAUCUUUUUUUUCUUUAAAUCGUCAUUUGUUUGCUCUUCUCUCAAUGUCAUUGAAGGACUUUCAUCAAAUACUUUACAAUAAUUGAAUUUCUCUGUUACGCAUGCAUUUACUCUCAUUAUAUUUCAAUACUCAAACUUGAAUUCUUCUUUGUUAAAUGGAUAAAGUGUCAUAUCAGUAGUUAUCACCACCGAACCAGCAUCUUGAAGUGUCAGUGUAUUUCUCUUCUGUCUCUCCAAGAGCAGUUUAUUUUGAAUGUCUUAUUCUGCAUCGACUACGCUGGUGUAGUCUGUGUCAUGUUUUUGUUUAAUUGUACUUUGCAGUACCACUAUGAAAUACAGCGCAAAGUUAUUGCAAGCAAAAAUGCUAAUAUAUCUGCAGGAGCAGGGAAGCUGAUCUAAAGGUGGAAUGAAAUAAACAUUGUCUGUGUUUACAUAUGA